GGCUUGUAAGAAAGAACCUUGGAGAAACAGGCUUGCUUGGCUUGUUUCAUUUCAUUUCCCAUUUUCAAUUCCAAGGCCACCCAAAAACCGGAGAGGAAGCAAAGAGGAGACACAGAGCUCGAACACAAAAAAGGUUUUGUGUCUCCUCUUACUGAGAAAGUAGAGCUGAGAGAAAAUAUAAAGCAGAGGAAAAAGUGUGGCAACAUGGAAUAUGAAACUAACAAGUGGAUUUGGGAUGGAAUGUAUAAUCACCCUCAUGUCUUUGGUGGUCUAAUGCUCACGGCUGCCUUACUCGGCUUGUCCACCAGCUAUUUCGGUGGAAUCACAGUUCCUCAGUUGCCUUAUUUAUGGCCUGAUUCCGGGAUUUUCCAUAAGAAGAAAUGUGAGAAGAAGCGCAUUCGUGUUUACAUGGAUGGGUGUUUCGAUCUCAUGCAUUAUGGCCACGCCAAUGCCUUGAGGCAAGCCAAGGCUUUGGGAGAUGAGUUGGUGGUGGGUGUUGUUAGUGAUGAGGAGAUCAUUGCCAAUAAAGGUCCACCUGUUUUAUCCAUGGAAGAGAGACUGGUUCUUGUUAGUGGGUUGAAGUGGGUGGAUGAAGUCAUACCGAAAGCUCCAUAUGAAAUUACUGAGCAAUUCAUGAGCAGACUCUUCAAUGAGCAUAAGAUUGACUAUAUCAUACAUGGUGAUGAUCCUUGCCUGCUGCCAGAUGGAACUGAUGCUUAUGCCUUGGCAAAAAAAGCUGGCCGCUACAAGCAGAUUAAACGAACUGAAGGUGUCUCCAGCACAGAUAUUGUAGGGAGGAUACUCUCUUCUUUAAGGGAUACAAAUGGUGGUGAAGAUCAAAACAAAACAUCCUUGCAUAAAACCCCAGAAAGUCAACCGAAGAGUGCCCAUUUAUCUCAGUUUCUACCAACAUCUCGACGGAUUGUGCAAUUCUCUAAUGGAAAGGGACCUGGACCAAAUGCUCGUGUUGUGUACAUUGAUGGGGCAUUUGAUCUCUUUCAUGCUGGACAUGUUGAGAUCCUCAAGAAUGCUAGGCAGCUUGGAGACUUUCUACUCGUUGGCAUCCACAAUGACGAAACUGUGAGUGAACACAGAGGGCACCAUCCAAUUAUGCAUUUACACGAACGUAGUCUUAGUGUAUUGGGUUGCCGCUAUGUUGAUGAGGUCAUCAUUGGUGCUCCUUGGGAAGUUACCAUGGACAUGGUAACAACUUUCAACAUUUCAUUGGUUGUGCACGGGACAGUUUCCGAGUACAACUCCUUGUUUACUGGUGAAAGGGAUCCUUAUUCAGUUCCCAAGAGCAUGGGGAUUUUCAAAUUACUUGAAAGCCCCAAAAAUAUAACAACAACAUCAGUAUCGCAGAGGAUAAUUGCAAAUCAUGAUGCUUACAUGAAACGCAAUGCGAAAAAGGCAGAGAGUGAAAAGAAAUACUAUGCACAGAAGACAUAUGUCUCAGGAGACUAGCUCUUCUAUAGUUCUCUUAUGAGUUAAAAUAGUGAAGUCGAUCGGCAGUCAUUGAAGAGCUAUGUGUUGUUCAGGCCAUCGGAACUGCCAUUUUGCUAGAAGGACAAGAAGAGAAUAGAAGGGAACGACAUAGAAGGAUACCCCCAUCAGACUUCUGCAUAGCCUUUAUUUUUCCCAUUUCCAUGUAUCUCUGUUAGAAUAUAGAUGAGAAUCUCCUCAAUAAUGUAUUAACCUCGUCAAACUCCCUGUGCAUAUUUAUAAUCAAUUUAUUUGGGUGUUUACACUUAUCCCAUUUUUUA